AUGGUCGUCUGCGUAUGCAACGACACUUACUGUGAUGUUCUUGAACCCGUAAAACAACUUCCUUCGACCCAGUACGCCGUGUAUACAUCCAAUAUAGCCGGAGAAAGGUUCUCCAAAACGAUUGCUUCAUUUACAAGACCUAUGAUAUAUUCAAAUUGCACUGUACCUGAUUCCGACAGAAUAUGCGAACAUAUUGUUCAUGUUGACUAUGUUCUUUGUUCUCAAAAACAGAAGAAAAAUCUACAUGAGAGUAUUGACGCUAAACAAGUGGAAAAAAAGAUAUAUAUUAAUCCUAAAACCCGUUUUCAAGAAAUUUUUGGUUUCGGAGGAGCGUUUACGGAUUCUACAGGAAUAAAUAUCAAAAAUAUGAGUCCUGAACUUCAACAAUAUAUAAUGAGGUCAUAUUUUUCAGAUGAAGGUCUAGAAUACAAUUUGGGCAGAGUGCCAAUGGGUGGUACUGAUUUUUCCAAUCACUACUACUCUUACAUGGACAGUGAUGAAGAGGAUUUAAAUUGCAUAGAUCCCAAAUUAAGACAAAUGCAGCUUGCUCUUGAAGAUUUUGAAUAUAAAAUUCCCCUCAUACAAGAAGCGAUAAAACUUGCCAAAGACCUUAAGCUCAUUACUUCUACCUGGACCAUUCCCAAAGCUUUUAAAGAAAAUAACCUGUACAGAGGAUCUAUGGGCUUUGUUAUAAAUGACCUCUAUCAGCUUAUGGCUGAUUAUUAUGUAAAAUUUUUGGAUCUAUAUUCGAAGUAUGGAAUUAGUUUUUGGGGUAUCUCUACAGGAAAUAAACCCUUCUUAGCCAUGGCUGAAUUUGCUGGUAUUCCAGCUAUUUUUUGGUUUCCGGAUGAUUUGGGUCUUUGGAUAAGAGAAAAUUUGGGACCUACAAUAAGAAAAUCUGCCUUUAAGGAUAUUAAAAUUUUGACUUUAGAUGAUCAAAGGCCACUUUUAGAAAUUUUACCCAAGGACUUCAACCACUGGGUAACUGGAUGGAUAGACUGGAACAUGGUACUAGAUACUAAAGGAGGUCCAACUUUAUCCGAUCCAUUAAUCGCACCGAUUAUGUCAAAUGUAACUGAGUUUUACAAGGAACCGCAAUACUAUGCAUUAGCUCACUUCUCUAAAUUUAUUACAAGAGGUUCAUUUAGAAUAUAUUCUUCUCAGUGUGAUUCUGACAAUUUGGUUCAACAAAGUGCUUUUCAAAGACCUGAUGGUGGUAUCGUAGUAGUUAUUUUAAAUAGGAACGAUUUUCCAGUGAAACGGACUCUGAUCAACUGUGGCAAGUCAGAUAUUAAAUUAAGUUUAAGUGCCAGAUCAAUAACAACUGUGGUAUAUUGGUGA